GAGAAUGAGAGAGGAAUAGCAGAGAGAAUAAUAAUAUCGAAUGUGAAAGAGGAUAAAAGAGGAGGAUAUGAUAUAUACAUAAAAUAGUAAUGAUAUGUGUUGUGUAUAUGUAGCAGGGGGUGCGCAUGCGCUCAAGUUAUCCAGUCCGGCAGAAGGCAGAACGGCUCUACCGUCAAUGAGAAGAUGGCCGCUGUGUUCGGUGGAAGUGUCGCCAUUGUUUAGUGUUUUAAUUUGUUGUUAAUAACCGAGUGUUUUUGAGGGACGUGUAUUUAUUUAAGGACUGUAAGCGACGAAGAAGAUGCCGAGUGCACCGUUCAGCUCGUCGCGUAAUUACGUUAGACGUUCCAGAAGGAGAACUGCCAACAGGAUUCCUCUGCCAUCGAGAACAUCAUCGGAACCAUGUGAUCUUCUUUGUCCAGCGUCAAAUCAAAUGCCACCGAGCGGUGGAGGUGCUGGUGGAGCUCGUGGAUCAUCACCAAGUGUUUCAGGCGUAGCAGCCCCCUCACCCUCGCCAAAUCAUUCACACUCGUCGCCCUACGACCUGAGACGUAAAAGUCCACCACAUCCAGAUCCAGCACCAGGUUCCAGUUCGGCAUUACCUCCUCAGGGUGGCAGUAGCAUCGUUGCAUCACUUGGUUCCUUUUCUCUUCCAGCGAGAAAACGACCCAGACGGACGUGCUCACUGUCAACCGAUGGGACCAACACGAACACAGCGGCGCAUUAUCUUCUUUAUGAACUACCCGAUGAAGUAUUGCUGACGAUAUUCAACUACUUCCUGGAAAUAGACCUGUGUCGUAUGUCACAAGUUUGCAAACGUUUUCAAGCAAUAGCAAACGAUACGGAACUUUGGAAAUCAUUGUAUCAGCAAGUAUAUCAAUAUGACUUGCCUCUUUUUAAUCCAGCGCCAUGUAAAUUUGAAUUUGUGUCGCCGGAUGACUCUGAUUAUCCAAAUCCUUGGAAAGAAAGUUUUAGACAGCUGUAUCGGGGAGUUCACGUACGACCAGGAUUUCAAGAUCUUAAAUUUAAAGGCCGAAAUUUGCCAUACUUUAAUACUAUUCAAGGAGGACUUGAUUACAUUGAAGAGGUCAGGAGUAAUAAUGGGGGUAACACUGGAAGCGCAAGCAGUAGUAGCACUUCCAGUCAAAAUAGCAUUGCCUCUUCCUCGACGUCAAAUAGUCAAAAUAAUUGUUGCGGCAAUAAUACACAAAACACAGAAGAUCCACCUCAGCAUAUUAUUUUCUUACAUGCUGGUACAUAUCGUGGUGAGUUUCUUAUUAUUGACAGUGACGUUGCGCUUAUUGGAGCUGCACCUGGUAAUGUUGCUGAGUCUGUUAUUUUGGACCGUGAUACUGAAUCCACGAUGGUAUUUGGCGAAGGAGCUAGGCGUGCAUACGCUGGACAUCUCACUCUUAAAUUCACGCCAGAUGUUACCAGCACAACCCCUCAUCACAAACAUUAUUGUCUUGAAAUUGGAGAGAAUUGCAGUCCUACGAUAGAUCACUGUAUCAUUCGAAGUUCAAGUGCCGUAGGUGCAGCUGUCUGUGUAUCCGGUGGCGGUGCAAAUCCAAUAGUUAAGAAUUGCGACAUUUCAGACUGUGAAAAUGUUGGUCUUUAUGUUACUGACCACGCACAAGGUACCUAUGAGGAUAACGAAAUAUCUCGGAAUGCUCUUGCUGGUAUUUGGGUAAAAAAUUACGCAAAUCCAAUAAUGCGACGGAAUCACAUUCAUCAUGGUCGUGAUGUCGGUAUAUUUACAUUCGAUAAUGGUCUUGGUUACUUUGAGGGUAAUGACAUUCACAAUAAUCGUAUUGCCGGGUUUGAAGUUAAAGCUGGGGCAAAUCCUACAGUUGCCCAAUGUGAAAUUCAUCAUGGUCAAACUGGUGGUAUUUAUGUUCAUGAAAAUGGUCUUGGACAAUUUAUUGAUAACAAAAUUCAUUCAAAUAAUUUUGCUGGUGUUUGGAUAACUUCAAAUUCAAAUCCUACAAUACGACGUAAUGAAAUUUAUAAUGGUCAUCAAGGUGGUGUUUACAUAUUUGGCGAGGGUAGAGGUCUUAUUGAGCAUAAUAAUAUUUACGGUAAUGCUCUAGCUGGUAUUCAAAUACGAACAAAUUCAGAUCCAAUUGUAAGACACAAUAAAAUUCAUCAUGGUCAGCAUGGUGGUAUUUAUGUUCACGAAAAAGGUCAAGGUCUUAUUGAAGAAAAUGAAGUUUACGCCAACACCCUGGCUGGUGUUUGGAUCACUACUGGAUCGACGCCGAUAUUAAGGAGAAACCGAAUUCACAGCGGCAAGCAAGUCGGUGUUUAUUUUUAUGAUAAUGGUCAUGGGAAACUUGAAGACAAUGAUAUCUUUAAUCACCUGUACUCGGGAGUACAAAUAAGGACUGGAAGUAAUCCCAUUAUUCGAGGAAACAAGAUAUGGGGUGGCCAAAAUGGCGGUGUCCUCGUGUACAACAGUGGUCUGGGGUUACUCGAGCAGAACGAAAUAUUCGAUAACGCUAUGGCUGGCGUUUGGAUAAAGACAGACAGUAAUCCAACUCUCAAGAGGAACAAAAUAUUCGAUGGGCGGGAUGGUGGAAUAUGUAUAUUCAACGGCGGUAAAGGAAUCUUGGAGGAAAAUGACAUUUUCCGUAAUGCUCAAGCCGGUGUACUUAUAUCGACGCAAUCGUACCCAGUAUUGAGGAGAAAUCGAAUAUUCGAUGGGCUUGCUGCCGGUGUAGAAAUAACCAACAAUGCAACAGCAACUUUAGAGUUUAAUCAAAUUUUUAGUAAUCGAUUUGGGGGAUUAUGUUUAGCAAGUGGAGUUCAGCCAACUUCGCGAGGUAAUAAAAUAUUCAACAAUCAAGACGCUGUAGAAAAAGCAGUUGAGAACGGACAAUGCUUGUAUAAAAUAUCGUCAUACACGUCGUUUCCGAUGCACGAUUUUUAUCGCUGUCAAACUUGCAACACAACUGACAGAAAUGCUAUUUGUGUAAACUGCAUAAAAACUUGUCAUGCUGGCCACGAUGUUGAGUUUAUAAGACACGAUAGAUUCUUCUGUGACUGCGGUGCAGGAACAUUGAGUAAUCAAUGUCAACUUCAGGGUGAACCGACACAAGACACUGACACACUGUACGAUAGUGCUGCACCCAUGGAGUCGCAUACACUUAUGGUCAACUAGGAACUAACUUAAUAAAUAAUAUUAAAAUAAUUAAUUAUGAUUAUAAAUAAUUCAAACAAAAACAAAAAAAAAAAAAAAAAAUUAACUAACAAAAGGAUAAACAAUCAAAUCAUCACGGAAUUGUGCGUUUUGAACGCAAUUGCAAACAACAUCACGGUAAUCAGUAACUGAUUUUUUUUAUUAAACGUAACUUUUUUUAUUAUUUUAUGAUAAAUUAAUUAUCAUAACAAUUAAAUGAUAAUUACAAUAAUAAUAAUUAAUAAUGCGUAUCGUUAAGAUAUUUUUCAUUUUAACUCAUCGCGAUCAUCUAUUUUUUCGUCGUUAUCGUCAUUAUAAGUAUUUUUUCAUCAUCAUUGUUAUUAUAUAUAUCAUUAUUAUUAUUAUUAUUAUUACGUCAAAGUAGUAGUUAUUAAUAAUUAUUACUUUACUUGUCCCAUAUUUCAGAAUAAAUUUCAUUACGAGUAUGGAAUAAAAAAAAAAGAAAAAGGAAAAACAAUAAUCUAAUUAACGAAAUAAAAUAUUAAUCGUAGAGAUAAUUUUUUUUUCCCAUUUUAAAUCAAUUGUAUAAUAUAUUAAAUUGAAUCUCUCUCAUUAAAAUUUUUGGCAGUAGCCCAAUUAAGUUAAUGCCUGCUCGCGAUUUAUUUUAAAUAUCGAGAGAGAAUAACACCGAGAGAAUGCUGAUAAAUUAAUUUUGGGAUCGAUCCCAAUGUUGUAUCAAUUUUAUUUUAUAUUUAUAUUUGUUCCAUUCGUUCUUACGCGCUCAUGCGAUUGCGUCAGUGUUUGUGAGAACACCUAAAGUAAAUAAAUCAUAAAUAAUAAUAAUAAUAACAACAACAUUUAUUAUGUCGGUAAAAUAUUUUUUGUUGUGUUCUAUUAAUUAAUUGAUAUCAUCGAUAUUAUUUGAUCAAUUCGCGAAAGCGUCGUGUUGAGCCAAAAUUAUUUAUAAAUACACUGCCACGGCUAUACUGUGUAAAAGAUUAUAAAAAAAAAAAAAAAAAUAA